AUGACGGUUAAGUAAUUGCAAUACUGUUUUGGCAUUCUGGUUUAAUAUUAUGAGAGACACAAGGGGACGCUCCAGCCACUGUGUUCAUUUUUGCUUGGCUGUGUUAUUGGUAUGUCAACAAACGAGGAAGUGUAGGUCUGAUUUGCUCAUGUAAAAUCAAUAACAUAACAAGCCUGAGAAAUGGACCGGUUCGUGUGGUCCAGUGGUUUGCUGGAAAUUAACGAAACUUUGGUGAUCCAGCAGAGAGGCGUCAGACUGUAUGACGGAGAGGAGAAGGGGAAAAUGGAUGUGGGGAUUCUGCUUCUAAGCACGCACAGAUUGCUCUGGAGGGACCACAAAAAUCAUGACUGCUGCAUUGCCAUGCCACUGUCACAGAUUGUUUUAUUUGAGGAGCAGGCAGGAGGGAUAGGGAAGAGUGCUAAGAUAGUGGUUCAUCUUCACCCAGCGCCUUCCAACAAAGAACCUGGACCAUACCAAACCAGCAAAUACUCUUACAUAAAACUGUCUUUCAAAGAACAUGGACAGAUUGAGUUUUCUAGGCGAUUAUCAGAAGAGAUGACUCAGAGGAGAUGGGAGCAUAUGCCAGUGUCUCAGCCUAUUAAUACAAGCACCACUUCACAGGCAGGACGAACGCGGGCAGUUGGAAUUGUGGGUAUUGAGAGGAAACUGGAGGAAAAGCGAAAAGAGAUGGACAAAAACAUUUCAGAGGCUUUUGAAGAUCUCAGCAAGCUUAUGGAAAAGGCAAAGGAAAUGGUGGAAUUAUCCCGGUCUAUAGCUAGCAAAAUCAAGGAUAAGCAAGGUGACAUCACAGAAGAUGAGACUAUCCGAUUCAAAUCCUACCUCUUGAGUAUGGGCAUAGCAAAUCCAGUCACAAGGGAAACCCAUGGGUCUGGAACACAUUACCACAUGCAGUUAGCCAAACAGCUUGGUGAGAUACUACUGGCACCACUGGAGGAACAAGGAGGCAUGAUGGCAUUGACAGAAGUGUAUUGUCUUGUCAACCGGGCUCGUGGAAUGGAGUUACUUUCUCCAGAGGAUCUUGUAAAUGCCUGCAAAAUGUUUGAGGCACUUAAACUGCCGUUAAGGUUGCGUAUCUUUGACAGCGGGGUUAUGGUGAUUCAGCUACAGUCACACAGCGAAGAAGAAAUGAUUGCUUCUGCUCUAGACAACGUGUCAGAAAAAGGAUCUCUUACGUCAGAAGAGUUUGCAAAACUUCUGGGGCUUUCUGUUCUUUUAUCAAAAGAAAGGCUGCUUCUUGCUGAGAAAAUGGGUCACCUUUGCAGAGAUGAUUCAGUGGAGGGCUUGAGGUUUUACCCAAACUUGUUCUGACUCAGAGCAGAAGGACUCUUUCAUUUUCAAUACUGUUUUCUAUUUACAUAACGUACAGGACUACCUACAAUUUAACAAAAACAAAAACAAAAACAAAAAAAGCUUCAAAUACUAUGGAUGAAGAAAACCUUUGCACCAUCUUACUACAAUCUGACAAAGUAAAUACACCUUUGUGACCUGGAGGCACCUCAAAUGUCAAUGCCUUUCAAACAUGUGAAGGUCAAUAGUAACAAUCACACUGGUGCUGAGGAAUGUUGAUUUGGUACUGCAAAUUGCUUCUAGAUUCACACACAACUGAAGUAACUUACCAUUUCUAGAUAUUGCGAACUAAACUGGUAAGCUUGUAUUCACAAAUGAAUCAAUUCUUUCCUGGACAGUUCUCUUAAAAAUUCAUACUGCACAUAGCAGAUUUGUAAUGGGUGAAUUCAGAUGCAGUCACAUUUAUUAUUAUUAUUUAUUUCUUAGCAGACGCCCUUAUCCAGGGCGACUUACAAUCGUAAGCAAAAACAUUUCAAGCGUUACAAUACAAGUAAUACAAUAAGAGCAAGAAAUACAAUAAAACAAGUAAAGUACAAGUUUGACAAACCACAAUUCAAUAAUACAGCAGGUAAUAGUGAUAGUUGCAUCAGGAUAUGAUUAAAUAGUGAUAGUUACAUCAGGAUGUGAUUAAAUACAAAGUACUACAGGUUAAAAACUUGGCAGAUUACAGUAUUCUGAAGUACAGGAUUAAAUGCAGUAAAAUAGGGGCUGAUAAGAGCAAAAUAAAGCACAUUUACAUGAAGGGUGAUAGUGUCCCAGGAUACAAACAGAGGAGUUCUACAGGUGCUCUUUGAAGAGGUGAGUCUUAAGGAGGCGCCGGAAUGUGGUCAGGGACUGGGCAGUCCUGACAUCUGUAGGAAGGUCGUUCCACCACUGCGGAGCAAGGGUGGAGAAGGAGCGGGCUUUGGAGGCAGGGGAGCGUAGCGGUGGUAGAGCUAGUCUUCUAGUGCACAUGCAGUGUAGCCUGUGUACCAGCCUUGCUUCUUUGACAUCCUCUCUGGUUCAGUAUGCAGGUAGCUGCUGCCUAUAGAACUGUACAUAUUACAGUGUAAUAAAACAAUGUCACAUUA